CUCCUCUCUCCACGCUUACGCUUCACUUUCAUCUGGCUUUUCCUCUCCUCUUCUUCUUCGUCUUCUUCAACACAUGAGAGGAGUUCCUAGCUCCUCACCUGUUGCUGCAACUGCUAGUCUGCUAUGGAGAGUCCAGAUUUUUCACCAUCCCACGUGGACGCAUCUCGGCCGUCCCUCGGCUUCCCUCUCGGUACUGCCUUGCUCUUGAUCAUUAUCUUCACCUUGAGCGGUAUUUUCUCCUGCUGUUACCACUGGGACAAGUUCAGAUCACUCCGUCGCUCUUCCUCCGGCAACGCUGAUCCCGAGGAUCACUUCGAGCCUUCGCCCGCCAAAUCUAAGCCUCUUCACACGGAUUCGAAGCAAAAUGAAAGCCCAAGCUUACCAGUACUAAUGCCUGGAGAUCAGAUCCCGAAAUUUAUCGCAUUGCCAUCUCCUUGUAAGCCGCCGCGAGCUGAGGAAGUUGCCGUCAGAGUCCAUAGGCUCCCGCCGCCUAAACUGCCGCGAGUCCCGGUUCCUUUGUUUUAGUACAGACUCACCGUACUGAUUUUCUUUUCUUUUCUUUUUUUUUUUUUGGUUAUAACAUUUUAGGAAAUCAAAAGAUAUGUAGAAGAAGAAGAAGAAGAAGAGUAGAGUGUUUGCUUGAUCGUUACCUCCGAUUAGAUCAGGUCAAUUUAUAUACAUUUUACUGCUAAUUAUAAGAAGAUUAAAUUCAAAAGAAAAAGAAAAAAGAACAGUAAAGAUUGUGAGAAAGCGAUUUCUGUGAAUGGCAGAGUAGCAGAAGCUUUCAAACUCCUCUGUUUUUGGCGCUGUUUAUCACCUUCCAAUUUUAACCCGUUUUGGGAUAUUUAAAGAAUUCUAACGAUACCAGAGUUUAUC